GGAGAAAAUCGAGCGGUCGAUUGUGAAGGUGGAUCAAAAGACUUCCUAAAUUUUCAACUUUAACAUCCAAAAAUACCCUGGAGCAUCCAAGAUACUUAAAGAACAAGUGCUAUUUUAUGGUAUUUCCGAGUUUUAAAGCCAAAGGAAAGUGGURGUCAAUAAUAAUCUUCUUCGCUCGGCUUCCGGGAACACGGUUCUCAACGUUUGAACUAAAAUGCCGUCUUUGACGUUCCCAGAAGAGCUUACUAAACACUACGAUGUCAAAGAAACCAUUGGAAGCGGUGGUUUUGCAAAGGUCAAACUUGGUAUACAUCAGUUGACMGGGGAAAAGGUUGCAAUAAAAAUGAUGAACAAAGCAGCUUUAGGGCAUGACCUCCCUAGAGUCAAGAGAGAAAUUGGAGCCAUGAAAGAGUUAUGUCACCAGCAUGUUUGCCAGCUCUACCAAGUYAUUGAGACAGCAGAGAAUAUCUUUAUGAUUCUUGAGUUUGCCCAGGGGGGAGARCUUUUUGACUACAUUGUGGCCAAAGACCGUCUUAAGGAGGAAGAAGCAAGAGGAUUUUUCCGUCAGAUAAUUUCAGCUGUUGCAUAUAUUCAUGAUAAAGGUUAUGCACACAGAGACCUUAAACCUGAAAAUUUACUUCUUGAUGAAGAUCAAAAUAUUAAAUUGAUAGACUUUGGUCUUGUGGCUAAACCAGAAGGGGGCAUGACAGAACAGCUGGAAACAUGUUGUGGUUCACCGGCAUAUGCAGCACCAGAAUUGGUAUCUGGGCUGCCAUACUUUGGAAAUGAGGUUGAUUUAUGGAGUAUGGGUGUCUUGUUGUAUGCUCUUGUUUGUGGAUUUCUUCCAUUUGAUGAUGAAAAUACAUACAAGCUAUACAGGCUUAUCCAGAAAGGAGAAUAUGAAAUUCCAUCAUGGCUUUCACCAGGAACAUUAAGAAUGAUCAAUCAACUGUUGCAAGUGAAUCCAAGAAAACGCAUAACAAUAAAGGAAAYGUUAAAUAAUGAAUGGGUCAUGAAGGGUUAUGCUGCUCCAGUCCAGUGGAAAUCAAAAAUAAAGCGAGACUCACCAGAUAUUGAAGUCAUAGAGGAAAUGGCAUCCUACUACAAUGUCUCACCAGAGARAAUGGCCAAAAAAAUUCUAGAGUGGAAAUACGACUCAGUCACAGCUACAUAUUUCUUGUUAAGAAAGAAAAAAUGCAAUGGACAAUUGCCUCAUCUUCUUCCAAAAUAUUCCAAGGCAUUCAGAGACUUUAAUGAAUCAAAGGAAAAUGAGCAUCCUAAUGUCCGUAAAACCGAAAACGAGAGAAAUGAUGUCGAGUUCGUCCUCCCUCCUCCAAAGCCUGCACCAUACAGAGGGACCAAGGGACAAAGGCCCAUUCUGGGGAAUAUGGGGCCAUCUGASGACAUUAUUUGUAAGCCACGAGCAGGCAGCAUGCCUAACAAUAUGCCCAGUUCUCCCUCUAAAAAUGAUACCAUUUCAAUGCCACCACCAUUAGCGCCAAUCACUCCAAGACGCAAUGCACAAGAAGGUUGUGACAUCCCAAUGUCAAAAUCAGAUUACCAGUUUGGUGCUAGUGGGCUUACGCCUAUUGGACAAAGUAGUAGAAUGAUUUCUCACUCGUUAGAUACGGAUCUCGACAAGAAAACCAAAGGAGGUUGGAGAACACCUUUCAAGUCUCCUUUCACACCAAGAAAACGAGUGGGAUCCGAAAAAGACACACCUUCUACAGCAGGCAAAUGGGGAUCAAGGGGUCUGAUGUCAAGUAUAGAGGAAGGAUUAAAUCGAGUCAUUGAUGCUAUCACUCCAAAGAAAGGAAGCUUUACGUCGCAUGGACCUCGAAAAGUCAAAGCGUUAUACAACGUAUCGACGACAUCGACAAAAAGCCCCGAAGAAGUGAUGGAGGAGUUGAAGCGAGUGUUAACCGAAGCUGACGUACUCUUCAGACAGAAGGGGUAUUCAGUACGAUGCAAGACCAUAGAUGACAGAGGGAAGGUUAUUUUAGAAUUCGAAAUGGAAGUUUGUCAUAUACCAAAGAUGGAACUCAUCGGUAUUCGACGGAAGCGUAUGAAAGGAGACACCUGGGCUUACAAGAAAAUCUGCGAAAAUCUGUUGGCCGCUGCGUAUCUGUGAGAACAGAUCAAAUCCGCGCGCGACCAAUUUGUUUUAUGAUAAAUAAUGAUAAUAUACAAUAAUCAGAGGAGCGAGACCCCUCACCCCCGUGGGCCACACCCCUGUAUGGUGGCUUUGCUUGGCGGUUCUAGUUGAAAUAGUAAAGAAUUUAAUCCCCGUUAAAGAUAAUAUAAAACCUUGUUAUAUGAAUUAGAACUAAUAUUACCAGAUAAAUUAGCAAAAGAAAUUUAAUAGAGUACAAACAAUAUAUCCGUGAAACACUAAUAGUGCUAGUUAAACGAAAGAAAAGAAUAGAAUUAGCAUAAAAUAGCGU